AUGGGGCCUUCUCAGCCUGUCCGUGCCCCUCGGCCCCGGGGCCUAAGCUCCCCCUACCGCAGGCCAAGGCUAGGCUGGCCUCGGCCUCGAUUUCCAAAGAUGUUCAAGCGUAGCCGCAGAACAUACCGGCAGAAACCCCAAGGCCCAGCUGCCACCCCUGCAGCCACCAAUCCUGUCACUGUGGCCACAGAAAACAACAACACUCCUACCGCCACCACCAGUGUGUGGAUCCUUCCGCCACAAGUUCUCAGACACCUCUGUCAACCUGGCAGCUUUCUGAUCUUCUAG